AGGGGCGGCCUGGCUCGGACGCCUCGGGGAGGGGGCCGAGUUGCGCACCGGGCCGCGUGAGGAAGCCACGGGCGCGACGCGUCCACGGCCGAGCAGCGUCGGGAGAGCGGACUCCGUUCGCCGGCGCCGGAGCCCAGGUUAUCUUGAAUACCAGAUGUCUAACAAUUUUCCUUCCAGCAUUAGCUGUUGUUUUUCACUGCCUCCCAAAAGAUCAAAAUUGCUCUGGAAAUUGGAGACAUACUUGAUUUAAAAGAAAAACUUGAACAAAUGGACAAUAUGUCUAUUACGAAUACACCAACAAGUAAUGAUGCCUGCCUGAGCAUUGUACAUAGUUUGAUGUGCCAUAGACAGGGUGGAGAAAGUGAAACGUUUGCAAAAAGAGCAAUUGAAAGUUUGGUAAAGAAGCUGAAGGAAAAAAAAGAUGAAUUGGAUUCUUUAAUAACAGCUAUAACUACAAAUGGAGCUCAUCCUAGCAAAUGUGUUACCAUACAGAGAACGUUGGAUGGAAGGCUUCAGGUGGCUGGUCGGAAAGGAUUUCCUCAUGUCAUCUAUGCCCGACUGUGGAGGUGGCCUGAUCUUCACAAAAAUGAACUGAAGCACGUUAAAUAUUGUCAGUAUGCAUUUGAUUUAAAAUGUGAUAGUGUCUGUGUGAAUCCAUAUCACUAUGAACGAGUUGUAUCACCUGGAAUUGAUCUCUCAGGAUUAACACUUCAGAGUAAUGCUCCACCAAGUAUGUUGGUGAAGGAUGAAUAUGUUCAUGACUUUGAGGGACAGCCAUCAUUAUCAACUGAAGGACAUUCAAUUCAAACCAUCCAACAUCCACCAAGUAAUCGUGCAUCGACAGAGACAUACAGCACCCCAGCUCUGUUGGCCCCAUCUGAGUCUAAUGCUACCAGCACCACCAACUUUCCUAACAUUCCUGUGGCUUCUACAAGUCAGCCUGCUAGUAUUCUGGCAGGCAGCCAUAGUGAAGGACUGUUGCAGAUAGCUUCAGGGCCUCAGCCAGGACAGCAGCAGAACGGAUUUACUGGUCAGCCAGCUACUUAUCAUCAUAACAGCACUACCACCUGGACUGGAAGUAGGACUGCACCAUACACACCUAAUUUGCCUCACCACCAAAACGGCCAUCUUCAGCACCACCCGCCUAUGCCGCCUCAUCCCGGACAUUACUGGCCAGUUCACAAUGAGCUUGCAUUCCAGCCUCCCAUUUCCAAUCAUCCUGCUCCUGAGUAUUGGUGUUCCAUUGCUUACUUUGAAAUGGAUGUUCAGGUAGGAGAGACAUUUAAGGUUCCUUCAAGCUGCCCUAUCGUAACUGUUGAUGGGUAUGUGGAUCCUUCUGGAGGAGAUCGCUUUUGCCUGGGUCAACUCUCCAACGUCCACAGGACAGAAGCCAUUGAGAGAGCAAGGUUGCACAUAGGCAAAGGUGUGCAGCUGGAAUGUAAAGGUGAAGGUGAUGUUUGGGUCAGGUGCCUUAGUGACCAUGCGGUCUUUGUACAGAGUUACUACUUAGACAGAGAAGCUGGACGUGCACCUGGAGAUGCUGUUCAUAAGAUCUACCCAAGUGCGUACAUAAAGGUCUUUGAUUUGCGUCAGUGUCAUCGACAGAUGCAGCAACAGGCAGCCACUGCACAAGCUGCAGCAGCUGCCCAGGCAGCAGCUGUGGCAGGAAACAUCCCUGGUCCUGGAUCAGUAGGUGGAAUAGCUCCAGCUAUUAGUUUGUCAGCGGCUGCCGGCAUUGGUGUAGAUGAUCUUCGUCGCUUAUGCAUACUCAGGAUGAGCUUUGUGAAAGGCUGGGGACCUGAUUACCCAAGACAGAGUAUCAAAGAAACACCUUGCUGGAUUGAGAUUCACUUACACCGGGCCCUCCAGCUUCUAGAUGAAGUACUUCAUACCAUGCCGAUUGCAGAUCCACAACCUUUAGACUGAGGCCUCUCACUGUGGGCCCUUACCAUUACCAGGAUGGUGGACUAUAAAAUACAAUCCUGUUUGUAAUCUGAAGUCUAUUUCAUUUUUGUUCUGCUUUAUCUUUUCAUAAAGGGUUGAGAAAUGUGUUUGCUGCCUUGCUCCUAGCAGACAGAAACUGGAUUAAAACUUUUUUUUUCUAUUUAGAACUUUUCAGGCAUGGCUCAAAGCUUGAAGAUCAGGAAGAACAUAUUCUUAUUAAAUCUUCGCCAGUUAUGUAUGAAGGAGUCAUUCCAGUACUGGGAAAUUUAACCCUUUAAAAUGUGUUAGAGCCUUUUUUAUGCAGAACAUCAGUGUGUUUGUUACUCUACAGAAUAAAUUCAAUAUUGCUGAUUUUAAAAGCAGAGAAGUUCUCAAAGUUAAUUCACCUAUUUUAUUUUGUGUGCAAAUUGUUAUUGUCAAACAUACUUUAUUCCAAGAUAUUGUGCCAUGUGGGUGAGUUAAUAUUAUUAAGAGUAACUUUACUCUGUGUUUAAAAAAACAGUAAUGUAUUAUAACCUUUUAUCCAAAAUAUUUUUUGCAACUUAAACUAGUGAAGAUUAUUUCAAUUCACAUUGUAUUGCAACCUCAGUUUUAAUUUUGCCAAGGCAAAACACUAAUCUGUGUGUAUAUUGAAAAUUCCUUAAAAUUACCAGACAAAUAUCAUUUAAAAUUACAUUGUUAUACCUAUCAAAUGAAUAUUUAUCAGUAAAUAUACUUUUGCCCUGUUAAACAGUAGAUAUAGUCUUCUGUGUUUCUGGGCACAAGGCUGGUUACUAAGAAGCCUAGAAGAGGAAUUUCUUUUCCUUCAUUAAUUCAUAAGGAAAGGUUUUGUAUUUUUAACACUAAAAGCAGUGUCACUCUACCUAAUAUCUCAUUGUUCUGCAAAGGUGGCAGUGCUUAAAUAAUGAGUAUUUUGAAAACUGCUCAAUUCUGUGUUAAAUACUGUGCAGAAUAAUGAAAACAUUGCAGUUCAUAAUAGGUAGUUUGGAUAUUUUUGUACUUGAUUUGAUGUGACUUUUUUUUCAUAUACUGUUUAAAUCAUGAAUGUUAUGCCAUGUUUAAAAUUCAGUUUUUGUAUCUUGGGGCAAGACUGCAAACUUUUUUAUACCUUUUGGUUAUUCCAAGCCCUUUGCCAUCAAUGAUCAUAUCAAUCUGCAGUGACUUUGUAUAGAAAAUUUAAGUAGAAAAGUUGCAGAUGUAUUGACUGUACCACAGACACAAUAUGUAUGCUUUUUACCUAGCUAGUAGUAUAAAUAAAACUGAAUCUCAAUAUACACAGUUGAAUUCUAGGUUUGAUUUUUAAAAAUUUUUCUUUUGCACUUUGAGUCCAAUAUCAGUGACAAGACACCUUCUACUAAAUGACAGGCAAUAGCCAAUUGUAUUGGGCAGCUUUGGUUUUUCCCUUACUCUCUACCAGGACUUUUCCAUGAACAUGUGUAUCACUUAUAGAGUUGCUUAGUUUUUUAACUUUUCUUCUACUAUAGCAAAAAUAAAUGUGAUUGUUUAUGAGACAAAUAGAUUCUCUGCAGGAUAGAGUGAAAUAAAAUCAAAUACUAUCUUUCAGAUGGUUUUACUUUUUGCUUGAGGGCUUUUGUAAGCUUCCUGAGAUUCUUUAAGAUGUGUUACACAUUGACCUCUAGAAACUCUUGGACAUACUAGUCUUCCAUAUGCCAACUGAAAUAAGUCUGUGGCCUUGCUCAGAAGGUCUUACUUAAUAAGAUGUCGUAAGAAACCACUGAAUGCUUACUGCUGUGAUUUAAUCACAGCUCUCAAUCCAAGUUAUACAUCUUAAAUUUUUAAAUAGCCCCUCUACCUGUUCAUUUCUCUUGUUAAGUAUUCACAAAUACUUAGGGCAAAGUCCGAAUUUUUAUCUGUGGGUAAGUGGUGGGUUUUAAAGUUUUAUUGGCGGAAUUAUAGAGUGAUGCCUUCUCUAGAAGUUUUUGUCUUUAGAUUUUAGUCUGCAAGAGGAAUGGGAGAGGAAGAAAUUUAAAGAUAAGAAUUUUUAACCCAAAUUACUUAAUUAGAAACUUAGCCAUGCAAUGGUGUAAUCUGUUGCCUGUUUUUGUACUUUAGGGAAGAUUUUCAUGUUUAGUCAUUUUCAGAAAGCAUUGAAAAUGUUUGCUAAGAAGUAUCUCUUUGGAGCCAAGCCAUCUGUCUUGGUUUCUUUCUAUUAAGAGCCAUAAAGUGUGAAAGUACUUUUAAUUAUGAAUUGCUUAUAUUUUUACCUAGCUUGUCACAUGAUUGUACCUGACAGCUUGGUUGUUAAACUAUUUCCAUUUUUUAAGAGAUGUUCAUCUUCGAUGACCUGAAGGAUCUUAUUAGUUUAAAAUUUUAUUCCCAUUUUAGGAAAAAAAAAUAGUUUCUGUAGUUUGUAGAGUCUAUUAUGUGGGUAUGGUUUAACAUGGUUUUCUUCAAAUAAUUCAUAUCUCAAAGACUCUCAGAAUGUUGAAUUUCAGCAAAAGCUGAAUGAAAGAUGAACCAGUGUGAGACCCAUUGCAAUUUUGUCUUGUGCCUUUCUUUGCAUUAUCAAAGGGAGUCCUUUAUGAUACUGCCUUUAUUUGUCAGGGAGUAAAUUCUUUUGCAGGAUCUGUUUUGUUUUUCCGCAGUUUAUGACUGCUAGUAUACAGUGAUAAUGAUAAUAAAUCACUGCCAUGUAACAUUGCUUUUCCAGAAACAUGGCUCAUUUCUAUUCCCUUUACCAGUAACUAGGUCGCCUACCCAUUCCUUCUACAAACAUUACAGGUUUACAGAUUGGAUGGUUGGCUUAAAGAAUAACUCUACUUGGAAUAGCUAAGUAACAGCACACUAUUAGAUGUGUUGUAUUUCAGAGCAAAAAAUCCAUUUUAAUGGGAAAUGGUGUGAUUUCUAAUAAAAAAUUUGAAGGCAAAGUAGAAUUUUCUGUCUUCCAGAUGAUAAAUACCUUAUUUUAAAAUUCUUUGGUUAAUUGUAGGAAGGUGAACUGCAGCUUAUCUUUUUUUAUUGUAGCCACAGAAAUUGUACAUUUUACCAUAAUGCUCUCUUAAGUAUCUGGAGGGGAAGUAUUUCUGCUCCAAGUUUCUUGUUAACUGGUUAUAGUCAAAUGGUCAUUUAAUAGCUGAUUUAUGCAAAAUCAGAGUCAUUCAGACCUUUUUUGAAAACCUUUUGGAAGGAGCAGUUUUAUUCUGAGUAAGGCAGAGUGGUAUUUGAUAAAUUUCUAUAGUUCUCUUUGUUGUCAUUUUAUUUAUUGAUAGCAGAUUGGUAAACUGAUGAAUUUACAUUUCCAAGGCAAAUAAGUAUAUGAAUACAAUUACCUGUAAAGUUAAUUAACAGCUCUUGUCAGUGGGGCAGACAACACUCAGUUCCCCUUUAAAGGCAGAACCCAUCUUGUUGCUGCUAGUGAUCUGUAAAUAAUCUCCUAAAUCCUUCUUUGCAAGGUAGAGAAUAGCUGUGAGAAUCUUGUGCACAUCUUUCCAUUUUCUUUCCUCUGAUAACUAGGUUAUUUUUUCUUUUAUGUCAAGAAGGAUGUAAAAAGUUACUGGCUUUAUCAUAGCAGCAUUCUUGGCCCAUCCUUAUCCUCACUGCUUGUCCCAGUGCUGCUAGGUUGUUUAUCUGGUGUCACUGUGGAAUGAAAUUUUCUACAAACUUGCCUUACUAACAGGAAAAGUGUCUUUUCUUUUAAAGCCGUUUUUUGAUGGAGUUAUUUAAUACAUAUUUCAGAAAAUAUACUGGAUAAAACAUUUUUUUGUACUUUAUUGUCUUUGUGGGCUUCAGGGGAUUUAAGACAAACUAUUGUGCCAUUACUAAGUGGUUCCAGACUACUAUAGUUAGAAUUUUUAGUGUUUAACCUCCUUUCCUUUUCUGGUUUUCAUUUCUAACAGCUACCACUUCCUAUGUGUUUACUAGUAUGCCUCCCCUGAGUAUUUCAUUCUUCCUUUUCUGAUUAUUUCUAACUGCUUCAGCAAAGAAACCAAGACAACUGAAACUAGAACUUUGAGUACCCAUGAUGCUUUCCAGUUAAGUGCAGAAAAGGACUUCAGUGCACAGGCAUUUGAUACUGGUUGACUGCUUAAAAUGCUCCCUGAUUCUUGCUGAGUUUCAGGAGGAUGAAUAGACAGAAAUCAGUCAUAAUCGUAUUUUGCCCAUUAAAGUAAUGUUUUAGAAGGUUCCAUUGCUUCCACUUAAGUGGUUCUCAUAGAGAAACUGGGGUUACAGGGUUGCUAUAUUAGCAUCAACAGCCAGAGGCAGUACUCUCACUUGGAGGACAUCAGCAAACAACACACACAUACAAAUCUUGGAGACAAGAGGGCCAUUUUUGUUUUCUUUUGUUUUGUUUUCAAUGUCCUCUUACCUGUAUCUUCUGGCCUGCCUUCUCUAUAGAUACUUAUGACCUGUAGGUGCCUUUAUGAAAAUUGAGGGUCUGAUGUCCUGCCCCAAGGAGUAGCUAAAGUAAUGGCUGAUAUUUUCAGGGAUUUUAACAUCAGACGUGAAUGAAUGAAGCUUCUUUUUCUUUUUUUUUUUUAAUGUAGGAAAGACUGAAGAGAAAACUUCGGUGAAGACAAUCAUUUCUUUCUAUUGAGGUGGAUAUUUUUCACGGUUUAUUUAAAAUGCUUUCUCAGUAAGUCCAGAGUUGAUGUUAUUUUUCAUCCUGAAACAAAUGGCUGUGCAUUAGGCCAGACAGUCGUACACUCUAGUUUACUUUGUCAGAAAUUUGAUGUGUGAUCUUCGGCAAGUCAUUUGCCUUCUCUGCGCAUCUGUUGCCUCAUCUGUAAAAUGGGAGUUGGACUAGCUUAUUUAUUCCAACUCUGAAUUCUAAGUGACCUUGCUUACCUUGCAGCAGUUUUGGUAUUCUUCUUUACCUUUGCUCUGCUGUUUGAGGGGGCUUUUUACUUAUUUCCAUGGAAUUCAAAUGAGACUGGGCUUGAUAUUUUAUUAUUCUCCUAUGGACAAGAAGUUACAUAAUAUGUCCUUAAGACUUAACCAAAGGCCUAGCACCACCUUAGGGGUUGCAGUAAGCACUUGACAAAAAUAAACAGUAAAGGGGGAAAAAGCCUUAAUUUAAUUUUUGUCAUCAGAUUUUAUAGUGGCUUUUUCUGAGUCUUGACCUUCUGUCUCAAAUGGGUAUAUGAGUGGUAUCAUCUUCCUAAGUGCUGUGUGUGUUAGUAAUUUUUUCAACUAAAAUGGAUUGAAAACCUUUUGUUAAUGCCUAAUGAUAUUAGAGGCCAUUAAUUUGGGUCUUUGGUUUCUUAAUCCUAUAUAUUAAAACUGGGAAAUUCCUCUGAACUGCAUCAAGUAAAAUGGUUUAUAUGACUCAAAAAACAAAAUGUAUCAGUAAAUGAUAAUUCACUUUUGGAUCUUUUUAGGUCCAUUUCGAUUACUCCUCUUAGAGAUCUUUCCAGUUUACCCUUGGAUGAGUAUCAGUAAUGAACUUGGCUUUUUCAAGGACCUGGAGAGCCUUUCUUCAGGGUGGUUUAGAGUGAGAGGGGAUUUGGGGAGUCCUGGUAGAGGCCAGCUCUGGUAGCUGGAGAAGAAGGGAUGAAACCAGCUGCUGUUGCUAAGGCUGCUUGUCAUUGAUAGGAGGACUCAUGGACUUGGAUUGGUUAAAAGGCUAAACAUGAAGUUGACAAACCUCCUUCUGUUCAAUUGGAUAUGUGAUUUAUGGGAAACGUAUGGAUGCUUAUAGAUGAUGGGAAAUUGUUGGGCUAUAGAACCCAGUUUGAAAGAAUGGGGGGCUGGAGACAGACUUGGUGUCAGUGUUUCCCAGCUCUGUCUCUUUUGAAGCCCAAGGAAUGCAGGUAUACUAAAACUCAGAGAAGAGCCACUCAGCUUCUGCUUUGGAGAAAACUGGUCAGCUGAAGCUCCAGUUAGUUCCUUUGUGGCUUUUUGUAUACUUUUUCUUGGUUGAAGUCUGUGGCUAAAAAAGUAGUUGAACCUUUCUUGAGAACUCUGUAACAAAGUACGUUUUUGAUUAAAAGAGAAGGCCAACUAAAUAA